AUGUUCUGCAGUGAGAAAUCAAGUACUCUACUGUGCACCUCUGACCGCCGCGCGUUGGGGCACUGUCCGAUUGUGGAGUACGUGGGCCCGCUUCCCCGCAACUAUCAGUACUUCAAGAAAGAUAAUAUAGGCGGAAAACGUGCCACACUAAUGGACAUCUGCCCUAUCAUCGAACCCUACGUGGAUAGCAGUUGCAUUACUGGAAGAGCUUCCAGUAUGCCUGGAAGUAUUGUUGGCCCAAGCUCAGCGUGUUUGAAGAGCGUGGCGCUGCGGUGGGACAGCGAGCCCGUCGGCGAUGUGUGCGCGGAGGUGUUGUGUGGUGAGCGCACGGUACACGUGCGGUACCUUGGAAACGACACGUGGCACUUGUGCCCGGAAGGUGCACACAUCACUCCAGGAAGGCCGUUUACGCACGGCCGCAUUCUCUGCCCGCGACGUUUGGACGUGUGCGCUGCGUCACAUAUCAGUGAACGCGACUUGCACGAGCGGGAGAUGGUUCGUCUGCGAGGGACGAGCUAA